ACUCAGACUAGAAGGGGGGUAGAAAGAGCUGAUGCAGAGUGGGUUUAAUUCUAAGGUUUUUUGUUGCUAAGUAUUUGUUGUGGUUAACUUAUUGAAUUUAGAGUUGUACUGCACUAGUCAUGUGAAGGCCAGAGUGGCACCAGUGUCAAAAUAGUGAUAGACAGUUUUGAAUAUAUAGUUAGUAUAUAUGUACUCAGAGUAUUUUUAUUAAAGAAGACAAAGAGCCCAGCAUAGAUCUCAUCUUCAUCUUCACCUGGUUGCAAAAUCAAUAGUUAAGAAAUAGCAUCUAAGGGAACUUUUAGGUGGGGAAAAAAUCUAGAGAUGGCUCUAAAUGACUGUUUCCUUCUAAACUUGGAAGUGGACCAUUUCAUGCACUGCAACAUCUCCAAUCACAGUGAGGAUCUCCCCGUGAACGACGACUGGUCCCAGCCGGGGAUCCUUUAUGUCAUCCCUGCAGUUUAUGGGGUUAUCAUUCUGAUAGGCCUCGUUGGCAACAUCACUUUGAUCAAGAUCUUCCUUACAGUCAAGUCCAUGCGAAAUGUUCCAAACCUGUUUAUUUCCAGUCUGGCUUUGGGAGACCUGCUCCUCCUGGUAACGUGUGCUCCAGUGGAUGCCAGCAGGUACCUGGCUGACAGAUGGCUAUUUGGCAGGAUUGGCUGCAAACUGAUCCCCUUUAUCCAGCUUACCUCUGUUGGGGUGUCUGUCUUCACACUCACAGCGCUCUCAGCAGACAGAUACAAAGCCAUUGUCCGGCCAAUGGAUAUCCAGGCCUCUCAUGCCCUGAUGAAGAUCUGCCUCAAAGCUGCCUUUAUCUGGAUCAUCUCCAUGCUGCUGGCCAUCCCAGAGGCUGUGUUUUCUGACCUCCAUCCCUUCCACGAGGAAAGCACCAACCAGACCUUCAUUAGUUGUGCCCCGUACCCACACUCUAAUGAGCUGCACCCCAAAAUCCACUCCAUGGCUUCCUUUCUGGUCUUCUACAUCAUCCCACUGUCAAUCAUCUCUGUUUACUACUACUUCAUUGCUAAAAAUCUGAUCCAGAGUGCUUACAAUCUUCCCGUGGAAGGGAAUAUACAUGUCAAGAAGCAGAUCGAAUCCCGGAAGCGACUUGCCAAGACAGUGCUGGUGUUUGUGGCCCUGUUCGCCUUCUGCUGGCUCCCCAAUCACGUCAUCUACCUGUACCGCUCCUACCACUACUCUGAAGUGGACACCUCCAUGCUCCACUUUGUCACCAGCAUCUGUGCCCGCCUCCUGGCCUUCACCAACUCCUGCGUAAACCCCUUUGCCCUCUACCUGCUGAGCAAGAGUUUCAGGAAGCAGUUCAACACUCAGCUCCUCUGUUGCCGGCCUGGGCUGAUCAUCCGGUCUCACAGCACUGGAAGGAGUACCACCUGCAUGACCUCCCUCAAGAGUACCAACCCCUCUGUGGCCACCUUUAGCCUCAUCAAUGGAAACAUCUGUCAUGAGCGGUAUGUCUAGAUUGACCUUUGACUUUGCCCCCUGAGGGACUCUUGGUUUUGCUUUAUGACUAGAUAGGAACUCUUGCAUCUAUUGUUGUGUUUUUGCCCUCCAAAGACCCUUCAGAAUGCUUGUGAGUGGUGUAGGUGGGGGCGGGGGUGGGGGCCAAAAUGGUAGAUCACUGUUAUAUUUUGAAAGAAGCCAUCAAGUCAGGUUUUUCAUUUCAACUUGCGAAUGUUUCUUCUGAUGUGAAGCAAACCUUCCCUUUUUAGAAAAGUGAACAAGUAGAAAAUUAUUUUUUAAGCAUCAAGCCCUGUUAAACGGUUGUGGCCAAUUAUGUCAUAGAAACUGUAUGAACAACUAGAUUUAUAUAGCAGAGAAAUCAUAUAUUGAAUGCUUACUUUGUGAAAGACUUCACCUUGUGAUUUCUUUAAGCAGAUGCUAGUGCUUUAGAAAUAUGACUUGACUUUUUUUUUUUUUUAGGAAUAUCUGUAAUAUACAAACCAAGGGACAACUUUUAUUUACACUCCUAAUAUGAAAAGUCAACCCUGUGAAAGAGCUCCAUAUAUGAGGGACAUUCUCCAAGUUGAUAACAAUGGAAGCUAGUUUAAUAUAAAACAAUUCCCUAAGCAUUUAUUUUUUAAAAAAAGAUGUUACUGAGGACCAAGGAGAAAUGCUCUAUACAUACUUUUAAAGCAAAAAUACAACCAAAUACAUUGGUACAUAUAUAAAGAUUCACGUGUGGCUGUGCAGUGAUAUCUCACACUCCGAAUUCUUACUUGAUGGAAGUCUUGUCUGCUGCUACACAGUUUUAAUCAUCCAGGGUGCUGUUCCGCCAUAGAAGAGAAAUCAAUUUAGGAAAAAAUUGAUCAUGCUAUUAAUUCAUCAAAUAUCUAUAAAUGCAUAAAGUACAGUAUUUAUUCUUGAUACAUAGGUUUUGAGCCAAGUGUAUUUACUUAGAUUUGUCUGACUGCUACACUGAAUCAGUAGUUUCACUAUAAGAAAGAAGUGAUUGUAUCUGAGUAGAAAUAGGAACAUGUUUAUAUUUAAUGUAUGCUUCUCCUAACGUUUGUGGGAGGAAGUGAAUAAAAUUUCAGUAACACAUAUUUUUGUCUGAAUAUGCAUAAGAAAGUCACAGGGGUCUUAACUUUAGGAACUGAUUAAAAAACAGCUACAGACUUGUUUCUACUUAAGAAGAGUAUUUAUGAAAGAGCCCAUGUACAGAAAAAGACUUGGCUGAAAUAUUUUUCUUUUUCUGAGUUUAAUUGGCUCUAAAAAGAUUUGAUUACCUUACUUUAGAAACCCUGAAUCGAGUUUUUCUUCACUCAAAGGCAGGGAAAUUUUGACAGGUUGCAAACAUAUUAACCC